GGACUAUGAACACCAUUGCAAGGAAGCCAAUGAGUCAAUGGAGGAACCCCAAAAUAUUAUUUCCAUUUGUGAAGAACAUAAAGUUCUUUAAAGAACAAAACCUUGACCAGAGCGACUUAAAAACAAUUUGAGAGCGACUAGAGGUUGUCCAGAUGAGUGCAGGGAAAGAUGUCUUCAAGUACGGUUAUCAUGGAGACAAGUUCUACAUUAUUCUUGAAGGGGAAGUAUCUGUCCUCAUCCCUAACAAGAAAUAAGAACACACCUAGCAACUCAAAAAUUUCUGGUGCAAGUAUUCACACCAAAGUUUUAAUGAAAAGACACAGAGCACUUAGCAAGGCUGAAGACUUGAACAGCAGCAAGGCAUCAGAGAGGUGGUACAAAAGAGACAGGACUGAGAGUAAUGCUGAUAGCCACACUUCAAAUCAGAAUAUCUCCAUAAAGAAAUCAAAUAACAGAAAUCAUACCAGAGAAGGAUUUAAUUGUGACACUAUUGUUGAAAAAGACAAGGAUAGCAAUAGAGAAAUGAAAUAUAACCAAGUUGCUGUACUCAAAUCAGGAGAUAGCUUUGGAGAAUUAGCCUUAAUUAGUCUAAAGCCACGAGCAGCAACAAUCAGAUGCUUAACUGCAUGCAAAUUUGCUGUUUUAUCCAAAUAAAUAUUUUAUCAUCAAAGAAGACAAGAUUAGUGAAAAAGUUGAAUAUCUAAGACAAAUUCCAUUCUUUAAGGAUGCUACCAAGACAAAGUUAUCGAAGUUCAGCUAUUUCUUCGAAGAAAAAUAAGUUCAAGAGAGGCCAGAUAAUUUACAAAGAAGGAGAGGAGUCCAAAUUCGUCUACAUAGUCAAGGAAGGAGAGUUUGAUUUUUACAAAAGGAUGCCUCCUGAUUGAAAUAUAAAGAUAGACUACACGGAAUACCUAUCUCAAUAUCCACAGAAUGAGUAUAAGGAGAAAGGCAAUGGUAUACUUGGAGAAAAUGCAAGCCUUACUCAAUGACAUAUAUCUUUGCUCGGAAAGGGAAAAAUAUUUGGUGAAGAUGAUGCCCUAAUUUACGAACAAUACACCAAAUCAUGAAUCUGUAAAUCUACAGAAGGAGUUCUCUUCUACGCAUAUGCAGGUGAAUUUAUCAGCCAGUUAAAGAAUUUCUCUGAUUAUUGAUAUGAAAAAAUGGUGGAAGAUGCCUAUUCCAAAAACAUAAAGAUAGAUACAAAGAUCCAGAAGAAAGCUAUGCUAACUGACCAAAAGAACUUACAUUCCACUCUUGAGCUCUGCUUAAAGAUGAGGUAUAAAAGAAGGAAGAAGAAAAUUAUCAAAAAUAAUUAUUCACAAGACAUUGAGCAAGAAUCAGCAGAUAUCCUAGACAUGUGACCAAAGCCAACACUUCAGAAAAAGAGAAACCGGAAGGUUAUGAUGAAGGAGCCCUCAAGAGCCACUAGAAAUUUUAAGCAAACCAUUGUUAGCACAGGAGCCUCAAAGGAAAAUAAAUCACUUUGUGAAGUUUCCAACUUUAGCGAUAGUAAAUAUGUCAGCUUUUAUAACUCUAAAUAAGUUGGAGCCAAAGAAAGUGAUUCGGAGAGUCACUGCCGUCAAUCCCAAUUUAGUGACCCUUUCUUUAAAGGCCAACCCUGAUAUCAGUGUCACUUCACAGAGUAGACUUUCUGGGUCUCAAACAACAUCAAAUUUCAAGAAAAAGAGGCCCAGUACUGCGAACAAAACAUCAAAAUUCCGAAUGGUUGAGGGGAUCACGAAUUCUAUCGCAACUCCUCAGAAAAAGAAAAGCCUCUUACGCCAAGAUGAAGAACUAAAAAGUAAUGAGAAUCCUAAACAUUCAAAGAGUUAUUGAACAGAUUCAACUAAUCCAAUCCAGAGAUCUCUUCUUUUCAGAGCUCAGCAGUCUAAUUUUAGUAGUUUAUAUCUCACUCAGGAUCAUUUAAAAUAAGAGGGCACUGAAUAGGGUUGUCCAUCAUUCACAGAAUGAAAUAAAACAGGAUAUGUUACAAAAUAACUACAUAAAUGUUCCUAAACUUUUGAAAAAAACUCCUUUCGAUAGAAUCCUCAAGACUCGUUCUAAGCGGUCGAGAAUAAUGCCCAUUGCGUCCACGAUACAGCCGAGGUCUGGCAGAUUAGGAUGCACUCUUAAUUCUAAAUAUUAA